AAUAAGCAAGCACGUUUCUGUUUUGUUUUUAAAAUCUUUAACAAUCUCAGAAAACAGAAAUAAAAUAUAUAACUAAAAAUGGAGGAGGUCAUACAGGUCCUUGACAACAUGCAGUGCGAUGUGUGCGGCGAGAAGACAUUCCAGGAGCGUGAGGGCUUCUUCUACUGCAUCGAAUGUGGCACACAGAAACAACAGAUUCAGGCGGUGGACCUCACCGCUGAUGAGGACUUCAAUGAAACCGCCGGUGGAAAGCAUACCAGCCGGGUGAUUCGCCAGCCAAAGAAGGUGGCCGAGGCAAACAACGACAUCACCUCGUGGGAGUUCUACAAUUACGUGCUGCGCGGCUUCCUCCAGGAGCUGCUGGACAUGGGCGCCAAGCCGGAGCUCAAGCUGAUGACCCUGCAGGUGUGGGCGGCGUACAUGAGCCAAAUGGAGGUGGCCUUCUGCAGGAGCAACGACGGCCUGCCCAAGCUCAAUGUACGGGUACUGCACAGAGAUGCACGCAUCAUUUAUGACUACAAGCGGGCAAAGCUUAAGAAGAUCAGAAAGGGCAUCAAGUCUGCCGAUCCCAAUGAUGAACGCGCCAAGCUUCGUAUGUGGAACAAAACCAAGCGCAAACUCGACGCCUCGGGCUACACCAAGAGUGGAGCUAAGAAAGCAGGCCCCGGCGGACAACAGAGUAUAGGCAUGCGUUGGUCCUGGAAAGCCCGUAAGACCCUCAAGCGCACGAUGUCCUUGAAGCAUCUGGAUAAGCACAGCAGGGUUAGCAGCAUGCAGUGCCAUGGCCUGAGGCCCAAGGCCAAGGAACUUCACAACUUUGAUCGAAACAUUUACAAUCUGAAUUCGCACAAGUUGUAUGUGGUGUUGGCCAUAGCCCUCAACAUGGUUGAAGACGACAUUCAGCUGACAGAUUUGCUGCGGCUGGUCGAAGAGGAGCACCUGACCAGUCGGUAUAUGCUUAAGUAUCUGCCCGCAAAUGUGGCCGCCAAGGGAAAGACGCUGAUCAAGGGGAUGGAGCUUGGCAAUCUAAGAGACCAGUGCUCAUACACGUACCUUCGCAACCACGUGGGCUAUAUGGCGCACUUUAUAAAUCUGAGUGAAUUUCAAAAGCCCAAUCUUCUGGCCCUGGCCGAGCGCUAUGUCCUUGAGCUAGGCCUACCUCCAAGGGUGGCCAAGUAUGUGGGCAGCUUGUUAGACCUGCAUCCGCCACGCUUCUCUUCUGCCCAGGAUUUUCACGUAUAUCCGCGCUAUGAGCCCAGGGUGAUGGCCUACAUCGUGUACGUGAUGAAAUUGCUCUUCGGUCUGGACGAUGUCAAGGAGAGGAAAAUCUCAAUGUCAGCGAAACAAAUCAAUGAAGAACUACAGAAUGCUGGUGGAGAUGAACCUCAAGUUCCCCCACUUUUUGUAUUCACCGAGUGGAUGCAUUUCGUAGAGCUGAGAAAAGAAAUUGUUGCUCAAUACAAUCAGAGCUUUGCUCGUCGCUUUGGUGUGGCAAACAAAACGGAUUGUCAGGUAGAUGAUUUUCUUGUAAAAGAGCGCAAGCAGAAGGAGCAGGAUUACGGCCACGACGAGGUGCAGGGAACUCAGGCUAUGCAGCGUCAAUACGAGAAUAUGACCCACACCAUCGAGGCCCUGCUUAAGCAGCACUUUGGCGAGUCCAUUGAAGAUAGCGUAGCCAAAAAUCACAUUGAGUUUCAGCCCAGCCUGACUCCCGCUCACACAUACUUCCAACGGAUCCUACAUCAAGUGCAGGACGCCACCCUGAACAUCCAGAUUCCCGACUUCAUGCACGUGGAUCACUCACAACGGAACCUAGAUCCCUUCGUCGGGGAAACCAACGAAUUAAAGCAGUAUUUCGCUCAGCGCGGGUUAAAGAUGCAUGUGCUGGAGGUCGCCUGCCAGGAAGACAUCGAAAAGGUGGGUAUUUUUCAGCCCCUUGCGGCUUUGACUCCAACUACGCGGGAAUUCCGUGCUAAUUGUGACAUUAAGUCCGAGGUAUGGAUUAAUGAGCUUAGAAGGAAGGAGAAGCGACCGGACUUCCAAUUCCGUCAACCCACAGCCACCUAUGGCGCCGCCUAUCUGGCCAGAUUACAGCAGCGACAGGCGAUGCGGGAACGACUGGAGGCUUCCAAUCCCUUUUGGGAGAUCACAGCGACACCCAGCUACCUGAUUAAACUGAAUAAUGAUGAGGAGGUUCUCCUCGACACCCUCAGCUCGUUACAAACCUUCGAAGAGGAGAACAUGGAUCCGUUGGAAGUGCCCCUGGAUCUGCCACGUCGCCAUCUGGAGAAGAAGCUGAUUAACAGCAGCGAGUCGGAGACAGAAUCGAAUGGCAUUUUCGGGGAAGAUUCGGAACAAAAGCCACCAGUCCUGGAAGAGUUAGUGCUGCAAAUCUCCAACUUUGACUGCUGGCUCCUGCAUGGCUUUACGAGCAAAAUUCGGGAGGUGGACAAACGAGCGCUGCGUCCGUAUUUCCCCUACUCCUUCCGCUGGCUCCUCGAGACGUGCGCGGCCACCAUCGGCGUGGGAUGGGAUGUGCUAUACGAGCAACUUAUGAUCCUGGAGGUGAUGUUCCACCACGGCAUCAAGGACUGGAGUAACUACAAACACCUUUUGCGCAUAGAGUCCACCAGUUCGGAGAAAGACAGGCAAUCGCUGGUUAGGGCAUACAAGGAUUUAUGGUAAAGAACAGAGCUGAGGCAGUAUGAAGACGAUAGGAAGUUAAAUAGUCCCACAACUAAUAACUAUUAUUGAAGCUUUGAUAAGGACUCGGGCCUUUUGACUAUUAAAUAUAUAAAGACACAGCUGGCAGGCUUUUAAGUAAUUUUUAAAGAACUUUGAACAAGGACAUAUGCUGGUCAGGAAGUACAGGGGAUCUCUAGUGAAAUGUGAUUUAAUAGAGGCCAUCACAGCAAUUGAAUCUGUUUUUUAAGCAGCUCCAAAAGAGUAAACAAAUCACACCCACUCGUAAAUAAAUGACAACAGCUGUGGACAAGGUAAUAGUAAGAUUUUCUAAGAUUUUAAGUAGUUUUCCAGGAGCCAAUGAAUUACAGAUUUAAACUCUCAGAUAUAAUUAUUAGUACCUCUUUUGUGUAUAUUAAUGUUAUUAUUAAUAUUAACUAAUUAUUA